AUGCAAAGGAACCUAGCACAGAAGGCAGAAGCAAUCUCCGCCGAGGGAGUCAGCGAGCGGCCGCGCGGAUAUGAGGGGCGGGCGGUUCCCAGGCGGGUGGGCGCAGGGCGCCGACCUGCGGGAGAGGGGGCCCGGGCCCGAGGCGGAGUCCCGGCGCGCGGCCAGGCUGGCGGAGGCCCCCGGCAGGCUGCAGAUUCCCUCAGGCCCCGGGAGCCGCAGCAGGACCGGCCAGGAGGCGCCACGGAGGGGAGCCCCAUCCCGGUGCUGACAGUGCCCACCGCGCCCUACAAGGACCGGCGGCCGGCCGGCGGCGGGGGUCUGCGGCGACCUACCGGCCUCUUCGAGGGCCAGCGCAACUACCUGCCCAACUUCAUCCAGAGCGUGUUGUCGUCCAUCGACCUGCGCGACCGUCGGGGCUGCACCACGGUGGUGGGCAGCGACGGCAGGUACUUUAGCAGGACGGCCAUCGAGAUCGUGGUGCAGAUGGCUGCGGCCAACGGGAUUGGACGACUGAUUAUUGGACAGAAUGGCAUCUUGUCUACACCUGCGGUCUCCUGCAUUAUCAGGAAGAUCAAGGCAGCUGGUGGAAUCAUUCUAACAGCCAGCCACUGCCCUGGAGGACCAGGGGGAGAGUUUGGAGUGAAGUUUAAUGUUGCCAAUGGAAAAUCAGGAUAUUGCGAGCCUCAUAAGAUGAGUAUGGAAGUAUUCCUUCCUCGUUACUUUUGUGGAAAAGUUUGUGGAGAAUUGGUAGUUAUUCUUUAA